AUGCCGCUUAGUUCGUUAUUGGCAUCUCGUUCAAAAACUGAUCAUGUUAAACAAUUAAAAGAAUUCUUUACUGUAAUUGAAAAUGAACAAGAUAAAGAAAAGAAAAAUUAUGAAGAAGCAAUGAAAAAUAUUCAUAAAGCAUUACUUGCAUUAAAAGAUAGUCUAUUUGGUGCACAUGAUAAUAAUAAUGAACCAGCAAUUACUGAUAUUUCACAGUUACGUAGUGGAAUUUAUUUACAAGGUCUUAUUAUAACAAUGAUAAAUAAUUUAGGUCGAGUUUCAUUUGAAGAUCGAAAAGAAAUAGUUGCAAUAUUUAAUAAUCUUUUACGACGACAAGUUGGAACAAAAUAUCCAGCUGUUGAUCAUAUUAUACAAGGACCUGGAAUUUUAUUUAAAUUAAUCGAAGGAUAUGAAAAUGCAGAUAUUGCACUUUAUUGUGGAAUGAUGUUACGUGAAUGUAUACGUGUUCAAGAAUUAGCAGAUAUUAUUUUGAGAUCAUCAGAAUUUUAUAAAUUUUUUGAUUAUGUACAAAAAUCAACAUUCGAUAUUGCUAGUGAUGCUUUUGCUACUUUCAAAGAUUUAUUAACAAAACAUAAAUCUUUAUGUGCAGAUUUUCUCGAACAAAAUUAUGAUCAAUUUUUUACUAAAUAUCGUGAUUUACUUAAUUCAGAUAAUUAUGUCACACGUCGACAAUCUUUAAAAUUACUUGGUGAAUUAUUACUUGAUCGUUAUAAUUUUUCAAUAAUGACAAAAUAUAUAACAAACCCUGAUAAUCUCAAACAACAAAUGAAUUUUUUAAAAGAAAAAAGUAAAAAUAUUCAAUUUGAAGCAUUUCAUGUUUUUAAGAUAUUUGUUGCAAAUCCAACUAAACCUAAAGCAAUUACUGAUAUUCUUCUUCGUAAUCAAGAAAAAUUAAUCGAUUUUCUAACUACUUUCCAUGCAGAUCGUACAGACGACGAACAGUUCAAUGACGAAAAAGCUUAUUUAAUCAAACAAAUCACUGAAUUAAAAGACAUCAAAGUUUAA